AUGUUGAAUGUACUCCUUAAUCAACCUGUUAGAGAUUUUUCUCGCAAGGAGGUUGAUCCUGCACAAUCUAUCUCUGAGAUAGUCAGAGACCAGGAGGCCAUUGAGGUAUCAGCUCCCAUUCCAGUGCAUAAUAGGGAGGAAAUAAACAGUGAGGUGACAUGGGAGCGGAUGCAGAAAGUUCAGAGUGAAUAUGUGUCAUUCAGUGAGGCAGCCUCCUCUGAGCUUUUAGAACAAGCAAAGAAGCUGGUCAUGGAGAAUAGACGCCUGAAGGAUAGGCAGAUAAUGCUGGAACAACAAGUGAAAGACCUCGAAGACAGCAAAAGGGUCUUGAUGAAGAAAGCCGAGCAGGAGACAAUCAAAAUAAAAGAAGAAAAUAUAAAGCUGAAAGAUGAGAACAAAGACCUCAAAGAUGCCAGAAGGCUCUUAACAGAAAGGAUGUCAGAAGCCGAGCAAGAGGCAUUCAAAAUAGUAGAAGAAAAUAUAAAGCUGAAAGAUGAGAAUAAAGGCCAGAAGCAGAAGAUCGAGGAGCUGAGUAAGCAGAACGAGUCAACCCUGGGGGCCUUGGUCCAGAAAUGCGCCGAGGUGAACCGCCACAAAGAGGAGGCUGCUCAGCUCAUUAAAGAAAAGGAAGAGCGUGUGUCGCGUGUCAAUGAUCUUCUCAAGCUAGUAUCGAGUACUUUGGGCCAAGAAAAGGACAGUGCUUCCUGA